AUGCGAUCUUUAAGCGAAACAUUAAUUAGAAUACCAUUUUUCUUCAUAUUAAUACUUUUUUGUUAUAAUCUUUUAUUUAUAGUUAAAUAUAUGAUUGAAAGCAAAAAUUCUAAUAAAUCUUUAGAAUCUAAAGAUUCAAAUAAAACAAAUGAUCAAAAUAAUAACACAGAUAGACCUAUUUAUGUUCCUGAUGAUCCUAAUUUAAUUACUGUUUAA